UCCUCAUCUCUUUCUUUAUCUCUCUUCUCCCAAUCAUUCAAAUUCAAAUACAAGUUGCUUUCCGAGGUGUAAGUUAAGAAGAAAAGAUGAAAUCCAACAGGAUAUUUGCUAAAAGCUUCAAUCGGUAUGAAAACAAGAAGUUCAGAUAUUGGGCAAUCACUGGCAUUGGAUUCUUUGUCCUCUCAUUAAGCUUCUUCACUCUUCUUAAACAUUCUUUUGGUCCUCUACCAAUUUUUUCAGGUGGAGUAGUAAUAGAGAGAAAGCAAAUUUGCAAUGUUUCAGACCCAAAAUUUGAUGUUUGUGAUGUUGAGGGAGAUAUUAGGAUUGAUUUGAAGUCCUCCACAAUCUUUGCUGCUUCAUCUCAAAUGUUUGACAUGGUAGGAAAUGAAUCAUGGACUGUCAAACCUUAUCCUAGAAAGAAUGAUCAUUACUUGAUGGGAUUCAUUAAGCAAUUCUCAGUAAAUGCAACUGUGGGUCAUGAAGAAUCCCCAUCUUGCACUCUAAAUCACAGUGUUCCGGCUAUCGUGUUCUCGAUUGGAGGAUAUGGCUCAGGAAACCACUGGCAUGCCUUCACUGACAUACUCAUUCCUCUUUUUGAAGCUUCGGCCCAAUUUCAUGGUGAGGUUCAGUUUCUUAUCACCAAUAUAGAAGAUAUACAUUGGAUUAUGAAGUACCAAGCAAUACUUAAACAACUUUCAAGGUACGAGAUCGUCAAAAUUGAUAGCGAUGAUAAUGUUCAUUGCUUCCCUCGUGUGAUAGUUGGUCUUAAGUAUUACAAGGACUUUAGAAUUGACCCCUUAACAGCAUCCAAAGGGUACUCCAUGAAAGAGUUCAGGAAGGUCAUGAGAGAUGCCUACUCAUUGAACAGAUCAGUUGCAAUCAAGAUUGGUCAUGAUACACAAGAGAAGCCAAGGCUUCUGAUCUUAACAAGGAAGGGGUCUCGAGAAUUUAUGAAUGUUGAUGAGAUAGUUGAAUUGGCUAAAAGCAUGGGAUUUGAAGUAGUUGUCUCUGAGGCUAUGGCAAAUAUGGAUAAAUUCUCCCACAUUGUGAACUCCUGUGAUGUGAUGAUGGGGAUUCAUGGAGCUGGGCUUACCAACAUUGUUUUCCUUCCUACAAAUGCAGUAUUGAUACAGGUACUUCCUUGGGGAACAUUUGAAUGGUUGGCUUCUAAUUGUUUUGGGAAGCCAGCAUUGGAUAUGGAUUUAAGGUAUAUGGAGUACAAAGUAAAAGAAGAAGAGAGCUCUUUAAUACAACAAUACCCACUAGAUCAUCCCAUUUUCAAGGAUUCUCAUCCAAAUCAAAAGGUUGAUUGGGGAUUAUUUAAAACUGUGUACUUGAAGCAAAAUGUAAAGAUUGAUGUGGGUAGAUUUAAAGCUACAUUGUCAAAAGCCCUUAAGCAUCUCCAUCGCUAGAUUUGAAAGAGGUAUAUAUAAGGUU